AAAUGGUUCAAAAAGGAAAACAAGCUAUCUUGGGCAAGCAUGACGAUGAUGUCGUCAUCAUCUCUGCUUUGCGUACACCCGUCACAAAAGCCAAAAAGGGUGGCUUGGCUGAAGCAUGCCCUGAAGAUAUGUUGGCUGCCGUCUUCAAAGGUGUUAUCGCAGAAUCAAAGAUUGACCCCAAAUUGAUCGAAGAUGUUGCUGUCGGUAACGUUUUGCCACCAGGUGGUGGUGCAACAGUUGCACGUAUGGCUGCACUUUACUCUGGCAUCCCAAACACUGCCGCUGUAAACACCUUGAACCGUCAAUGCUCUUCCGGUUUGGCAUCUGUCAACCAAAUCGCAAUGGAAAUUCAAUCCGGUCAAAUUGAUGUCGGUAUUGGUGCAGGUGUUGAAAGCAUGACCCAAAACUACGGUGCAGGUGUUAUGCCUGAACGCUUCUCUGAUGCCGUCAUGGAGAACGAAGAAGCUGCCGAUUGUUUGGCACCAAUGGGUAUCACUUCAGAAAAUGUUGCUGAAGAAUACGGUGUUACCCGUGCAAAGCAAGACGCAUUCGCUGCUCAAUCUUACCAACGUGCUUUCAAGGCUCAAUCUGAAGGCAAAUUCAAGAGCGAAAUCGUCACAGUCAAAUACAACGACACUGACGGAAACGAACGUACCGUUGACAAGGAUGACGGUAUCCGUGAUGGUGUUACAGCUGAAUCAUUGGCUAAAUUGAAGCCGGCAUUCAAGAAAGACGGUACCACACAUGCCGGUAACGCAUCUCAAGUUAGUGAUGGUGCUGCUGCCGUGCUUCUCGCUCGCCGUAGCGUUGCCAAGAAGUUGGGCUUGCCAAUCAAGGGUAAAUUUGUCACAGCUGCCGUUGUUGGUGUCCCACCCAAAGUUAUGGGUAUCGGACCAGCAUACGCUAUCCCCAAGGUUUUGGACAUCUCUGGUCUUUCAACCAAUGAUGUUGAUGUUUGGGAAAUUAAUGAAGCAUUUGCCUCUCAAGCAUUAUAUUCCGUUGAGAAGCUCGGUUUAGAUCAAGCAAAGGUUAACCCAUCCGGUGGUGCAAUCGCAAUCGGACAUCCAUUGGGUGCAACUGGAUCACGUCAAAUUGCCACAAUUUUGCCUGAAUUGAAACGUCAAGGCAAGCAAAUUGGUGCAACAAGUAUGUGCGUUGGAAGUGGUAUGGGUAUGGCCAGUAUCAUUGUUUCUGAGCAAUAAAUGAAUGACAUAAGGGUGUUGUUCUUUUCUCUUAUUUUCAUAUGCUUUCGAUUUAAUCUAGAAAUAGUAUCAUAUUCACAUCUGUAUUUCCUUGUGUCUGGGAGUGGGUUUGAUCUUAUGAGAAGUGAC